AUUCACUGGUGAUAUUUCCCAAUUGCACACAAACACAAAAUUUUGUAGCAUACUCGCUUUGGUUUGGUCGUUAUUACUCAAGAUUUUGUCCAAGCCUCAAAUGUACCGGACUGUGUUGAUAGCACCAGUAGUAUUCUGCGCUGCUGCCAUGCUGGCCAACGCAAGCAUCUGCCAUUCGCAGUACUGGGGGUCGCGGCUUAUGGACAAGUACAUGGUUGAGCUGGAAGCAACCUCGUCGAUCACUCACAAGCAUGUAGUCUACGAGACUGCGUUGCCUAAACCAUACAAGAUUGUGCACCAGGACGAGGAUGGCGAUGACGCUGAGGACCCAGACGACUUGAGCAUGAUUAAUGAAGGUCACGAGGUGCGGGCCAAGCGGCGCCAUCGACUCAAGGUCACGGUAGACGACAAGAACCAGAUUGUUGAAGUGGAGUGCGGAUAAACCCAGCCUAAUGUGCCAAGCAAAUUGCGUAAUUACUACACUGUCACAUCGGCUAAAUAAAGCAUGAGAGUAAU